GGAAAAUGGGUCUACUAAACGGAGCGGGAAAUUUGGAUUCGAAUAUGGAUUUCUUCAGUGAUUUACCGACCGAACUUCCGACGGAGGCAGUCGGAACAAGAGAUAAUGCCUUACAGCUGGAUAUUAAGGCUAAAAAAAAUAUUUAAUGUCGGAAAAUAUACCAAAGAUCGAGGCAAAAUAUCUAUAAUUAGUGUUCGUCGGUUUUUUUUUCCGACCGAAAGCCGUCGGAAAACUUGUGUUAUAUAAGUUUAUUUUGUGGACCAUAUCUCAUUUCGUGACUUCUAUUCCUCUUCAUUCCAGCGGCGGCACCUCUUUUUAGGGUUUCUUCUCUCUUUGAGCUUAGAUGGAACUUGAACAUCGCAGAUGGAUGUACAAAAAGAAUUAUCCUAAUCAACGGUUGUUGAGAGAAGAAUUUGUAGAAGGGGUUGCGGGAUUUAUUGUUCGGGCGAAAACAUUUAAUGGAUUUCUCAUUGGAGGAAUGAUUAGGUGUCCUUGUGUGAAAUGCAAAUGUGUUAAGUUUUUGAAACCUGAGGACAUUAAAGAUCAUCUUUAUAAGAAGGGGUUUAUGAAAGAUUAUUAUGUGUGGAUUUUUCAUGGAGAAGUUGAUGCCAAUGCCGGUGUUUUCGAUUUUCAAAAAUUUUCUAGGGGUGAGAGUAGUCCAUUGGUGGAGAAGAAUUUUGAAAAUUCUCGAUUCAAUAAAAUGGUUAAGGAUACUUCUGGGAUGUACUCAGGUGUUCAAUCCCAACCAAGUGUUCAGCAUUCUCCCAAUGAUGAGACUAAGCGCUUCUAUGAACACUUAGAGGAAGCUAGUCAUCCAUUCUGUGAAGGCUCAAUGCAUUCUAAGUUGUCUGUUGCACAUGGGUUACUUUUUAUUAAAUCGCAUUGGAAUGUUUCGGUAGCGGCCAUGGACUAUAUCAUUGGGCUUAUGAAUGAACUUGAUCCAAAUAAAAUUGACUUACCCAAUAAUUACUAUACAGCAAAGAAAUUGGUUCCCAAUCGUGGAGAGGUUGGAGCAUUGGAUAGUCUUCAGAGGUUGAUUAUCGCUCCUGAUGGGACUAAUGGGUUUUUUCCCAAUACGCUAUCUACGAGGGUGGUUAUGGAUUGUAUUAUAGCAUUUUAUCGUGACGCUUGGAAUACCUAGGGAGAAAUACCUUACAUUGUCAGAGACCAUAUGUGGAAUUACUUUAAGGUGAAGUGUGCAUGGUAUGCCCAGCAUGAUCAUCAAAUAAGUAGUAAUUUCAAGAAGAAAGCUGCUGAUAUGCUUGAAGAUACCUUGAGGACUGCUCAAAGAAAGCGUCAGAAGCCCACCUGGAUGUUAGAAGAUAUAUGGACUAGACUCAAUGAGAAGUGGGACAAUGCAGAAUUUCAGAAGAAGAGCACCAAAGGAGAGGCCGCCCGAGCCUCCAAGAAGGGCUCGUUGCACACAGGGGGUUCAGUUAGUAUAGGGACCCAUCGAAGGAGAUUGGAAAAGUUAAAAGGGAGAACUAUGAAUGAUGAGGUCUUUGAGGAGACACAUGUGAAAAAGAAAAAAGAUGGUACAAGAAUUUUGGUCAAGCCACAUGCUGAGGGGACAUAUGAUGGACAUACAAAAGUUUUGGAUGAAUGGCGCAAAGCCAGCCCGUUGGAGGUAGCUCAACCCAACCAUCAUCCGAUGAUGUUGCUUCAAGAUUGUCUGGUGCUUCUUCUAGUUCUUCGCAGAAUGAGGAAGAGAUAGAUUCAUUGCGCAGACAAAUACAAGAGACGUCGGAAAACCACGAAGCAAAUAGUUUAAAACUUGAUAGACUGGAGGAUUUAAUGCAUAAACUCAUGGAUAGUCGUCGAUCUGAUCCACAGUCUGACUCUGAUGACGAGAAUUAGUUUGUUCCAGUUGUGAUGUUUGAAGCAUUUACUUGUUUGAUUUUGUUGAGAUGUUACUUGAAUGGUGUUUGAAUGUUUAGGCUUGUAUUUUGGAUGUUUUAGUAACAACGUUUAUGUUGAAUACUUUAGUUGUUGGAAUUUUAAGGGUUUGAUUGGUUGGAAUUGGUGGAUUGACGGCUUGGAAUUGGUGGAUUGAUUGUUUUGUUAAAUUCCUGUUGUUUGGUUGUUGUUUUCAUAUUUGGCAGGUGGUUUAGCUUAAAAAACAGAUGUUCAUUGUUCAUAACUUUCCAUUUUUCUGACGGAUUUCUAACAGAAGUCGUUGGAUAAUUCUAAAUAAAAUUUCCAGAUUUAACAAUAUGUUUGAUGGAUCUCAGUCGUUAUUCAACUUCCGCGUUUCAUGGUGGCGGUCUGAAGUUACCCAUGGCUUCUGUCGAAAGCCUUUUCCGGCAAGUUGUAUUCCGUUGGAUAAAUCUAAACGGUGUUGCAAACCAUCAAAAUAAUGAUUUUCCAACUGGAUGAGCCAUUGGAAAUGUGAAGAUUUCUAGUAGUUGGAAAGAAAGAAAGAAAGGCUUUGAAACUUGUGGUCCAAAACUAGUUCAGAAGUGUUAGACAUUUGUGUGGCUAGAUUUGUAAACAGUGGAGGAUGCAUGUCCUAAGGCUUUCUACUUGCUGUUCUUGAAGGUUUGACCGAGAUCGGAAAAAGAUUGAAGCAUUUGGCUGAUCAAAGACUGAUA